AUACUUUGAUAAUAAAUUAACUUUCGAACACAUAUGUACUUUGAUAAUAAAUUUACUUUGAAUUUUGACGCCGACGCCUCUCUGUAGCAGGCAGCACGAGUCCAGCUCCUCCGACAACGAACAACUUGCUGAUGAGGUAACCCUGCAGUACCUCAAGUUCUUAAUGUCCAGCACUGUCUUGUAAUAAGCUUGGCCCCGAAGAAGACGCCAGGCGGGCCACCAUCUUACCGGAAGUUGCCGAAAGGGCGCAGUCGUCAGGGCUGGGCCGCGACCCUGAGCCUUGGCUUCUCUACGGCACGGCGGGCGCUGUCUCAGCAACCGGUCGGUCUCAGGAUGUCAUUCGUGGCCGGGCAGCCGGUCACGGCUAUUGUGCAACGUAUUGAAAUCUGUAAAUUGCGCCAUGGUGAUAACCUAAUCCUGGGAUUCAGUAUCGGAGGUGGAAUUGAUCAGGAUCCUACACAAAACCCUUACUCAGAGGAUAAAACAGACAAGGGUAUAUAUGUUACUAGAAUCUCAGAAGGUGGACCAGCUGAAGUUGCAGGACUACAGAUCGGGGACAAGAUAAUGCAGGUAAAUGGUUGGGAUAUGACGAUGGUAACACAUGACCAGGCCAGGAAACGUCUCACAAAGAAAAAUGAAGAUGUAGUUCGGCUUCUGGUAACCCGUAAAUCUCUGCAGCAGGCCUUACAUCACUCACUGCAGUAGGCAGCUCUCACUGCAGUUGGUGGCCUACUGGAAUGUAAUGAUUUAUUGAGAAAUUAUCCUGUAGCUGAAAACUUUAAUUUUGCUCCAUACUGUGGUCUGUCAAUCCUCAACACUGGCAGACCAUGUAACACCUGAAAUAACUGUAGAUCUCACUGAGAAUUGCAUGAAACCUACCUUUUAUUAUACUUAACUGUUAAACUGAUUCAGCAACAUUACUAGUGGGACCAAAUUUAGAGGACUCAGAAUCUCAAGCUUGUUACCAGCAUUAAAGGACAAACAGCAUUAAAGUUCCUCUUUGUUACUAUUUGAACAAUCUUUUUUAAUUGGCUUUGAUCCACCAACCAAAUGCAGGUUUGCUGACCAAAACCAUUUGUGGGAACCUUGGUGAGCUGAACUGCCCCUAAGCUGUUAGAAAACAUGGCACUGAAAGAGAAAAGCCUUUAUAAAUGAUAUAAUAAGAAAUGCUUAAUUUUACUGACACUGAACAGCCCAAAGGACAGUUGAGUUGAAAGUACAAGUCUAAUUUCCACAAUGCCAAACUGGGCAGAUACUACACAGCUUUAUUUGAUAUGUACUAGUGAGUAACGGUGAACGAUAGUGUUGUGAGUUCUGUGACUGGCUUUGGAUAACGGCAAGCAUGAUGCUUUGGUUGAUGUGCUUGAUUUAAAACAACAAUUUAAUGAAAACAUCUACAUCCUUAAAUAUUGAACCUGGGCAGGUUUCCUGAAGUUCUUGAUCCGCCAGAGCAACCUUAAAUUUUAAUUUUUUUUCAGGAGUAUUUUAAUGGUACAACUUCUGACUGGAAUAACAUGUAUCCGCGAAAGGACGUGAACCACCUUAAUAUUUAGAAUAAUACUGAGCUAUUUUUUAUCUAUGACACAAUUUGGCAACAAUUCACGGCCUCCUUAAAGUGCCUUCUGAUUCGUUCUUUGAUUGUUAGUCAGAAACCAAAGUAUGCAGUGACAGAACACUUCACUGCAGUGACUGCUACAUUUGCAUGAUCCUUCUGAUUUCACUGUAGCCUCCCUUCAGUGGUAUCAUGGCUCCUUCCGGCUGAGGCUAUACUCCUUCCACCCUAAACCUGCACCCGUGGAGUUAGAAUCUUUCAUUUUUUAAUCAGCAAGUGGUUACACUACAUAUUUUGCAGUCUUUCCGCAUAACUUGAUUUAAAUCCUGUCUCACUUUAGUCUUGUAUUUACAUAUAAACAAUCACUCUGUGUGCGUCCACUGGUGGAUGAUCUGGAAGAAAUGAAAUUGCAUAUUAUACAAUUACUGUAAUUAAAUUGCUUUCAAUAAAAAACACUUUCUGGAGUGGAUCACUGUACUGAAGUUUAUGGAACAAUU